AACAGCUGGAAUGAGAAGAGGGAGGGGAGGCUGCGAUUGGCUGACAGUCAGUGGCAGGGUGUGGUGAGGCAGCACAGAUGAGGCAUUUACCUGUCCAGGUGAGUCAGGAGGAGGUCAGAAGGAGAGGCAAACAGUGGGAGGCCGUGGAAGUAGCCUCUGUUCACAUCUCUGCCCUUUGAAAGAAAAGGGUUCUCCUUUCUUCUCUUCGGCCCCAGCCCAGUGAAGGCCCAGCUUGGGAUACUCUCCGCUUCCCUUCGCUUCCCCUCUGGGAGCCCCUUUCACCACUCCUGCACCUUGCUUCGGGCGAUGCCUGAGAGGGAGCUGUGGCCAGAAGGGCCUGGCUCGGAACCUGGGACCCACAUCGGCAGCUGUGACAGCAUGACGAGCACCACCUCCAGCCGCUCUGGAUCUAGUGACAACAGCUACGACUUCCUGUCGGCUGAAGAGAAGGAGUGUCUGCUCUUCUUAGAGGAGACCAUUGGCUCCCUGGAUGCUGAGGCCGACAGUGUUCUGUCCACUGACGAGUCUGAGCCAGCAACAACUCCUCGCAGUUUCAGAGCACCUCCCUUCACUCCACUGGCUCCCCACGGAAACCCAGAGGAGACAGUUACUCAGCAAAGACCAGAGCCCAAGAGAGUGAACGAGACUUCCUCAUCCUCUCCUCCUGAGGCUCAAGGCCUGGGCCUCAGGUCUGGCUCCUAUAGCCUCCCAAGGAAUAUCCACAUUGGUGGAAACCAGAGCCUCAGGCAAAGCACCACCCAGACUAACAGCCACUUCCCUGCACGAGAGUCUGAGGGGCCCCUAGCAGAGCCCACAAAAGCAGAAGCCAGCCAGAGCAGUGAGCCACACAAGGCACCUGCCAGCCCCCGGAGGGCUAGCCUGCACCUGGACACAGAGCUCAUCCCUCCACCGAAGGCUUUCCAGGACGGCUGGCUGCAGCAGGGCGGGGAAGACAGCCUGCUCAAGGGGCCAGGAGAGCAGAGCCACGCACCCCCAAAGAGAGUGGAGGUCAUGUCUCUUACAGACAGCAAGAAAGGCACCCCAGAGGGCCCUGGACAACCACAGCCAACUCCUACCCGGUUGUCUCAAGAUGCAAGAGCUGAAGACACUUCCCUCCUAUUGGGGGAUGACACAAAUGGCCGUCUGGCCCCCCUCACUGCCCCAAAGCCCCGGAAGCUGCCUCCUAACAUUGUCCUGAAGAGCAGCCGCAGCAGUUUCCACAGUGAGCCCCAGAGCUGGCUGUCCCGCCAUGCUGAGGCUGGAGAUGCCAGCGCAGCCUCCUCGUCCCUGCAGGUGCAGAGGAAAGCACGGAGAGAAGCACUGAAGAAACUGGGGCUACCCCAGGACCAAGAGGAGCCCAGCCUUUCCCUAAGCCACUCUGCCAGUUUCAUCAGACACAAGAAGACCCAAGAUCAGGGCCCUGCUACAUUCCCAGCUCCAGCUCAGCCAGCAGCUCUUCCAGCUACAGGGCAGGCUCCAGCUCCAGCUCCAGCUCCAGCUCCAGCUCCAGCUCCAACAUCCUCUCCAGGAAAGGUUUGCACUACUGCCCAGGAAGCCCCUCCAGGGCCGGCCACAGCUCACAAAUCCAUGCCAAUUGCCAUCCCUAAGACCUCAAAGGCCAAUAGUCCCCCGACUAAGCCAAAGCCAGACUCAGGACUGACUCUCCAAGAGAGCAGCAUCCGAGGCCUGAAACAGAUGAACUUCAAGUUCAACACUCUGGAACGUUCAGGUGUCGGGCUGAGCAGCUACCUCUCAGCUGAGAAAGACCCCAGUCCCAAAACUAGCACCUCUCUAGGAAAGGACUCCGUCUUGGAGAAGGCGUCUCCCAGUGUGCUGCGCAACUCUCGGCCACGCCCUGCCUCCCUAGGUACUGGCAGGGACUUUGCAGGUAUCCAGGUAGGCAGGCUGGCUGACUUGGAGCAGGGCCAGAACUCCAAGCACCUUUCCUACCAAGGACAGAGCCGUGACAAGCUACCUCGACCUCUCUGUGUCAGUGUCAAGAUUUCCCCAAAAGGCGUCCCUGAUGAACACAGAAGGGAGGCUCUGAGGAAGCUGGGACUGCUGAAGGACUAGCUUUGCCACAGACUAAGCCACGGGAGGGACUCUCGGGUUCCACUAAGGAGCUGUUGCCACCUCAGAGCUCAGGGCUGGAUGGGGGCAGGCUUUCCUCAGAUGCCCUCACCGAGGCAAAGGGAAGGAGCUACUUGCAUCCAAACAUAUGUCCAUAUUCAGGGUCACUGGCCAUUGAGAGCCUCUAUGGACAUAGCUUCACACAGCAAGGUGUGUGCAUGCCUGUGUGUGACGAGUUGUAUAGAUUACCAACACUUUUUAUGCAACACAAGGAAUCUUCUCUCAGAGCUUUGCUUUUGUUGAGCUUUUCUUGCCAUGGGUAGAGUUCAGCCCUCCCCAGAGCUGAGUGGAGGGAGGUGGUGAAGCUUGAGAAGAGAAGUCAGAGGACACAAUGGAUAUGCCAGUUACUUGAAAAGUUACAUUCUGUGCAUCAAGGGUCUCAAGAAUCAGACUGGCUCACAUGCUGCACACUGUCUCAGCUCAGGCUGCCUGAACAGGGCCUAGAACCAAGAGAAGGUGGUUUAUCAUUUCUUUGCCCAUUGCCUUCUCAGUUGCACAUCCCUGUGACUAAACCUCUCUGCUCACAGAUUGCACAGCAACCCCCAUGGAUCUGAGAAGGCCAGAUAAAUAACCACACUCAUACCGCCACUUCUGCCUAGGGAGUCCUUGUUCAUAGGCCUGAUAAAUUCAGUGACAAACCAUGCUGCAGUCCAGGACUGACAUUCCUGCUCUUCCUGUUCCUCCUGCUCUCUCACUCCUUAUCUCUCUCCCUGACUUGAAGCUGGUCAGCUCUGAGGUGGAAGUGCCAUUCCAGAAGCUUUACAAGGACCACAGAACCGUUUUAGACCUUACAUGUGUGAUUGCAGCUAGUUUCAAAAGUCCUCAGUUCCCAUCCUAGAAUAUCAACACAAUGCUUAGAAUAUCAGUGCUCAGAGGAAUCGGGAAAGCUCACAUCCAGCCUUACUGGGGAGGGUAAGCAACUCACCAAGGCUAUUCUGCUGUUUAGUAACAGCAGAGGUGGGAACCCAGGCUCCCAACUGCCAUGUGGCCCUGCCUCCCUUCCCCCAAACUCUCGCCCAUCCAUGCAGACCUUAAAAGGCCAUGGUCACUGUCCAUUACUCAGCCCUGAGGCUCUUUGACAUCAAGUGUCUUCUGAAACAUCAAAGAUUAAAUGCUCAGGAUAAUA